CACGCAUGCGCAGUACGUACGAGUUUAUGCGUGCUCCAACAUGGCGCUGCAGAGGACAGCGGGGCAGCUGUGGAGGAUCGGGGCGGAUUCGGGACUCAAAAGCUGCGCCAGACUGUUCAGAACAGCAGCCGUAUCCUGUCGCCGGACUGCCCCGCUGGGACCGAUGCCAAAUGAAGAUAUAGACUGGCAGAACCUGGAGGCUCUGGAGAAAUACCGCAGCUACACGCGCUACAUCACUGCGGCGGAGAAGGCCAGAAAUAAAGAGGUGUGGUGGAAAACCUACAGACAGUAUGUGGACCAGCAGCCAGACCCAGAGUUUGGGCCGGUGGACAUCGGGCUUCCUUACUGUCGGCCCUCGAGGGUAAAGGAAGCUCGGGAAAGGAGGAAGGUGAUGAGAGAAAACCGGAAGAACCCUGAGCUGGAGAGAGCCACUCGUCUUCGCUCCUUUCGCAUUUCGUUGGACAAAGUAAAGACAGAGUGGGAGAAAACUAACGGACCUUAUCACAUCCAGAGGCUGGCGGAGCAUUACGGAAUCUACCGGGACCUCUUUCCUAUGGCCUACUUUGUUCCGAGGGUCAUGCUGAGAGUGGGAUAUGAAGGUGAUGGUAGUGCUCUGGUGCAUUACGGCAAUCAUUUAUCUCCCACUCAAGCAUCAGUAGCACCUCACAUUAGCUUUGAGGCAGAAGAAGAUUCUCUCUGGACUUUGCUUCUAACAAGCCCAGAUGAGCAUUUACACGAUGGGGAGCAGGAGUACGUUCACUGGCUGGUUGGGAAUAUCCCUGGUGGUGCCGUUCUCUCCGGGCAGGAAAUUUGCCCGUACAUCGCUCCGUUCCCUGCUAAAGGCACCGGCUUCCAAAGAUAUGUCUUCAUCCUUUUCAAACAGGAUGUUCAUGUGGACUUUAGUAGUGAUGUCAGACCAUCUCCCUGCCACAGUCUGAAGCAGCGAAGUUUUAAGACGGUGGAUUUCUACAGGAAAUAUGAGGAUCUGAUCACUCCUGCUGGACUGGCGUUCUUUCAGAGUCAGUGGGACGAAUCGGUCACUAGCACCUUUCAUACUCUGCUCAAUAUGAGAGAGCCAGUGUUUGAAUAUGAGAGACCCCCAGUGUACCACCCUCCCCAGCAGAAAUACCCUCACGGACAACCUCUCCGAUACAUGGACCGCUACAGAGACGGAAAGGAGCACACCUAUGGGAUCUACUAAUCCAGAAACACUCUCGCACUGUCUAUUCACAACUGUGUAACCUUUUGUAAUAAAAACAAACAUGCUUCA